AUGGCUCUCUCCAGCCGUCUCGCAGGCCGUACAACCUUCCUUCUCCGCCAGAUCAAGGCUCCAGCCAGCACCGCGAGAUCUUUUACCACUCGGUCGUCUACACGAUGCCUCUAUGCUCAGAGUCAAGCCCCGGCUGGCAAGAACGCCAGAUAUGUUCGACUUUUCUCGAGCUCCACAGUCUGCCGCGACCAGACACAAACUGCCCCAAAUGCAAAGGCAUACCUGGAGAGCGGAGUCAUUAAAGGAGCUGCAAAUCCUGUUAAUGUCAAGAAGGUAUUGGUAAUUGGCAGUGGUGGUUUGAGCAUUGGUCAAGCAGGAGAAUUCGAUUAUUCAGGUUCUCAAGCUUUGAAAGCCUUGAAGGAGGCUGGUGUAGCUUCCGUGCUCAUCAAUCCAAACAUCGCAACCAUCCAGACCGCCCACGUCCUUACCGAUGAGGUUUACUACCUUCCCGUCACUCCAGAAUAUGUUACAUAUGUUAUUGAGCGCGAGAGACCAGAUGGCAUCUUCCUUACAUUCGGUGGUCAAACUGCCCUGAAUCUCGGCGUUCAAAUGGAACGGAUGGGCAUUUUUGAACGCUACGGGGUCAAGGUCUUGGGCACAAGCAUCAAGACUCUUGAGACAAGCGAGGACAGAGAUCUCUUCGCCAAAGCUCUGGGUGAAAUCAACAUUCCAAUUGCCCAAUCUAUUGCUGUCGGUACCGUAGACGAAGCUCUAGAAGCUGCUAGAGGAAUUAGUUACCCAAUCAUUGUCCGAGCAGCCUAUGCUCUUGGUGGUCUUGGUUCGGGCUUUGCAAACAACGAGGAAGAGCUUCGAAACUUGUCCGCCAGAUCCCUCACUCUGUCUCCUCAGAUCUUGGUUGAGAAAUCUCUGAAGGGCUGGAAGGAAGUCGAGUAUGAGGUCGUUCGAGAUGCAAGCAAUAACUGUAUCACGGUCUGCAACAUGGAAAACUUCGAUCCUCUGGGCAUCCAUACUGGUGACUCCAUUGUUGUGGCACCCAGUCAGACUUUGAGUGAUGAGGAAUAUCACAUGCUUCGUUCUGCUGCUAUCAAAAUCGUCCGCCACUUAGGUGUUGUGGGAGAGUGCAACGUGCAGUAUGCAUUGCAACCUGACGGGCUCGACUACCGUGUCAUCGAAGUCAAUGCACGUCUCUCUCGCUCAUCUGCUCUUGCUUCAAAGGCUACUGGAUAUCCUCUCGCUUACACCGCUGCAAAAAUUGGACUUGGCCAUACUCUUCCUGAACUCCCAAACGCUGUCACCAAGACCACUACGGCAAAUUUCGAACCUUCCUUGGACUACGUCGUUACAAAAAUCCCACGAUGGGAUUUGGCCAAGUUCCAACACGUGAAGCGUGACAUCGGAAGUGCCAUGAAAUCUGUUGGAGAGGUUAUGGCUAUUGGUCGAACAUUCGAGGAAUCCAUUCAGAAGGCCAUCCGUCAAGUCGAUCCCCGGUUCGUUGGUUUCCAAGGAGACAAAUUCGACGAUCUGGACUACGAACUUGCGAACCCCACAGACCGUCGAUGGCUGGCUGUUGGUCAAGCAAUGCUGCACGAGGGUUAUACUGUGGACCGCAUCCAUGAUCUGAGCAAGAUUGACAAGUGGUUCCUCUAUAAGCUGCAGAAUAUUGUUGAUUGUACCCAUGAGCUUGAGGAUGUUGGAAGUCUGUUCGGCAUCAAGAAAGAACUCAUGAUGAAGGCCAAGAAGAUGGGUUUCUCCGACCGCCAGAUUGCUUCUCGCAUCGGAAGCACAGAGGACGAGGUUCGUGCUCGUCGAAAGAAUUUUGGAAUCACUCCAUUUGUCAAGAAGAUCGAUACUCUUGCUGCGGAGUUCCCCGCAAAUACGAACUAUUUGUACACCACCUAUAACGCAACCUCGCACGAUGUAACUUUCGACGAUCAUGGCAUCAUCAUUCUCGGCAGCGGAGUGUACCGCAUUGGCAGCAGUGUCGAAUUCGACUGGUGCGCUGUCAGCGCAACACUGGCACUAAAAGAAAUGGGCAAGAAGACUGUCAUGAUCAACUACAAUCCUGAAACCUAUUCUACUGACUUUGACACUGCUGACAAACUCUAUUUCGAAGAGCUCAGCUAUGAGAGAGUUAUGGACAUCUAUGAACUCGAAAGUGCAACCGGUGUCGUUGUUAGUGUCGGAGGCCAACUUCCUCAGCUGAUUGCUCUCCGACUCCAAGAAACAGGAGGUGCUAAGAUCCUUGGUACUGACCCCCGGGAUAUCGAUAAGGCCGAAGAUAGACAAAAAUUCUCCGAGAUUCUCGAUAGUAUUGGUGUCGACCAGCCUGCCUGGAAGGAGCUCACUUCAGUCGCUGAUGCCGAGGCUUUCGCGGAUGAAGUUAGCUAUCCUGUGCUAGUCAGACCGAGUUACGUUCUCUCUGGCGCUGCAAUGACGGUCAUUCGCAGCAAAGAUGAUCUCAAAGACAAGCUUGAGGCGGCCAGCAACGUUUCACCUGACCACCCUGUUGUUAUCACUAAGUUCAUCGAAGGCGCUCAAGAGAUUGAUGUUGAUGCUGUGGCGUCAGACGGCAAACUCAUCGUCCACGCUGUGAGUGAACACGUUGAGCAAGCUGGCGUACACUCAGGUGAUGCUACCCUUGUGCUUCCUCCUGUUUCCCUGGAUCAAACGACUAUGGACCGUGUUAAGGAAAUUGCCGUCAAGGUUGCCAAAGCCUGGAGCAUUACUGGUCCGUUCAACAUGCAAAUUAUCAAAGCUGAUGAUCCCAACGGUGCUCUCCCUGAGCUCAAGGUCAUCGAGUGUAACUUGCGUGCUUCCCGUUCAUUCCCAUUCGUCAGCAAGGUCCUCGGUCUCAACUUUGUUGACGUUGCCACAAAAGCCCUCGUUGGCCGUAACGUUCCGGCGCCAACUGAUCUCAUGGCCAUCAAGCGGGACUAUCUCGCCACUAAAGUACCUCAAUUCUCUUGGACUCGUCUCGCUGGUGCAGACCCCUUCCUAGGCGUCGAAAUGUCCAGUACCGGUGAAAUCGCCUGUUUCGGAAAGGAUCUUGUGGAAGCAUAUUGGGCCUCUCUGCAAUCAACCAUGAACUUCCGUAUGCCAGAACCAGGAGAGGGUCUUUUGUUUGGUGGAGACAUCUCCAAAGACUCCCUGGUGAAAAUCGUCGACUACCUCUCGCCACUUGGCUACAAGCUCUACGCUGCCGAAAAAGAAGUCAAACAAUUCCUCGAAUCUACCGCAAAGAGCAGUGUAAGUGUCGAGGUGAUUGAGUUCCCCAAGGAAGACAAGAGGGCUUUACGAGAAGUCUUCCAAAAGUAUGACAUCCGUGGCGUCUUCAACUUGGCCCUCGCACGAGGAAAGACUGUUUUGGAUGUCGACUACGUGAUGCGUAGAAACGCUGUAGACUUUGGCGUGCCCCUUUUCAUGGAACCCAAGACCGCUGAGCUCUUCGCCCGCUGCAUGAGCGAGAAGCUGCCCCGAAAAGAAGGCAUUCCAGGAGAAGUCCGCAGAUGGUCUGAUUUCAUUGGCGGUAAGCCAUUGUAA